AUGGACAGUAACCAUCAAGGUCCUGAUGAUAUCAUCGAAGAGCUUUUGAAGCAGACUCAAGAGGUGGAUAAGCGAGGAAGCAUCCCUCGAGAGCAGCUGACUCCGUAUAGUGGAUUUUCUGGGGCUGGGUCUGCAAGAUGUCCAGAGGAGGUGGUAAAGAAGAAGCAGCAGAGCAUUGAGAGCCAGGUGGGGUACGAUGGGGGAUUUCUGGAUGAGUACUUUGUGACAGGACAGCAUGGUACGAAGGGGAUUGCAGCGGUGGAUGGAGGGUUGCUUCAAGAUCCAUUGUUUCAGAGCAUUUCAAACGGGAAUAAUGGUAACAAUGAUCAGCAGCAGGACGACAGAGUUAAUACGUACUUGGAUGAGCUGCCAUCUUCGUUGGAUUCGAAUGUGCAUAUUGAUUUUUUUUCGCCUGUGGGCUCAUAUUACCAACCACAGCGGUUGAAUUCGUUGGACUCGCAUAGCUGUUCGCAGUACUUGUCAUCUAGUCAACGGUCGCCGGUCAGUGCUCGUACCAGCACGAAUAUAUCGAGCUCUUUACGGAGCCAGACGCUGCCUCACCGGGCUCGGCACUCGUCGUUGAGUAGUAGCCUUGCCAGCACGCCUGUGAUAGAAGACACAAUUAGUGCAGGAAGCACUGGCAACAGCCACCACCUUUCGGGUUCGAAUAACAUGACUCAGGAGGAAAAGUUGCGGCGGCGCAGAGAAUUCCACAAUGCGGUGGAGAGGCGUCGGCGGGAGCUGAUCAAGUCGAAGAUCAAGGAGUUGGGCAAGUUGGUGCCUCCCAGCUUGUUGAAUUACAAUGAGAAUGGUAAGGAAGUGCGACUAAACAAGGGCAUUAUACUUCAUAGGACUGUUGAGUAUCUUGACUAUUUGAAACAAGUAUUAGACAUUCAGGACCAUAAGAAAAUUCAGUUAAAAAAGAAAUUGUGCGAGUUGGAGCAGCGCAGGCGUGAAAUCGGCACGCAGCCUCUCGCAUUAUGCUCAUCAACACAACGUUCACGUGCAACCAAGACGAACUCUCCCGAACAAAUAAUUGAUGGCAGGGCUCUGCCCCAGAUUACAAAGGAAGGGAUGCCCCUGGGCGACAACCACCAGCCAUUGUCUGAUGAUUUACAACAGUUUUUAUCUGGUGACCAAAUGGAACAGGCAGAUAAUUCAAUGCUGAUGUUCAAUGCAGGUACAGAGAACCCAGCAAACUUUUUAUUGGGCUUCAAACCAUAA